UUGGAAACAAACACAAAUCUCUUAAUCAAAAUGGCUGGUCUAAUGAAGUUAGCAUGCUUGGUCUUCGCCUGCAUGAUUGUAGCCGGUCCAAUCACAGCAAACGCGGUUCUGACUUGCACCGCGGUUCGCGGAAAUUUAAAAGGUUGCUUUGACUACUUGCUUAAAAAUAAACCCCUUUCACUAGCUUGCUGCAGCGGCGUUAGAAACCUUAUUGGCAUUGCUCAUACGACCGCAGACCGUAGACAAGCUUGUCGUUGCCUUCAAAAUGCUGCUAGAAAUAAAGGCCCUUCUCUCAAGACUAACCGAGCUGCUGCAAUUCCUAGGCUAUGUAGAGUCAAGAUUCCACAUAAUAUUCAAAUCAGCAGAAGAACCAACUGCAACACCCUGACGUGAGCGACAGUUCGAUGAAGCUGGACAUUUCGAUUCCACCAAAGAUCAGAUAAAUGAAUUAUUGAUUUAAAGAAGCUCCUCACAAAAACAAAACUGUAUGAUUGGUGGGUUUGAUAUAUGUGAUAUGUCUAUUGGUGGGUUUAUUGCUAGGUCUGGCUGCAUGAACAUGUUUUAAAUACCACUGCAUAUAUACAUUAUAACCGCUAUUACUCGACAAAUUAAUACUUUGAUGAAUUAGUAUUUUUUUUUUAUCGCAAA